AUGUGUAGGUCACUGCGUUACUGUGUUAGUCAUUGCCUCUAUGCAGCAAUGACAAGGCUAGAAGAAGUGAACAGAGAAGUGAACAUGCACUCAUCAGUCAGAUACCUUGGCUAUCUUGCCAGAAUCAACCUGCUGGUUGCCAUUUGCAUGGGCCUUUAUGUCAGAUGGGAAAAAACUGCGGAUGCACUGAUUUUGGUAAUAUUUAUUCUGGGGCUUUUUGUUCUUGGAAUUGCCAGCAUACUGUACUACUAUUUUUCAAUGGAAACAGCAAGUCUGAGUCUCUCCAAUCUUUGGUUUGGUUUUUUGCUUGGCCUUCUCUGUUUUCUUAAUAAUUCUGCCUUCAAAACAGAUGUGAAAGAAGAAGCUACUAAGUAUUUGCUCCUUUCUGCCAUUGUUUUAAGGAUAUUGUGUGCUUUGGUUGAGAGGAUUUGUGGUUGUAUCCAUCAUCGACCGACUCUGCUGACAACAGUUGAAUUUUUGGAACUAGUUGGGUUUGCAAUUGCCAGCACAACUAUGCUGGUAGAAAAAUCUGUGAGUAUUAUUCUGUUGGUCAUGGCUUUGGCCAUGUUGAUUAUUGACUUACGUAUGAAGUCUUUUUUGGCAAUUCCAAAUUUGGCAAUUUUUGGAGCCAUUGCUUCCUUACUCUUUUUUCCAUCGCUGCAAAUCCCCACAAACCCAUUUGCCUUGGCGUGUUUCUUCAGCUGCCUGAUUUCAGAUCCCCUUCUCGACGUUUACUUCAGUGGACUUUCAGUUACUGAACGAUGGAAGCCCUACUUGUACCGUGGUAAAAUUUGCCGAAGGCUUUCUGUCAUCUCAGUUGGAGCCGUUGAACUAAUCUUUUUCAUUCUUGCAGCCUUUAAACUACGUGAUUUGGAUCUCUGGUAUUUUGUGAUACCUGGUUUUUCUAUUUUUGGAAUUUUCUGGAUGAUCUGUCAUGUGAUUUUUUUUAUAACACUUUGGGGAUUUCACACGAAACUAAAUGACUGUCACAAGGUAUACUAUACCCACCGUGCAGAAAACAACAGCCUUGACAGAGUGAUGGCAUCUAAAGGAAUGCGUCACUUCUGUUUGAUUUCGGAACAGCUAGUAUUUUUCAGCCUUGUUGCGACUGCUGUUUUGGGGACCGUUUCUUGGCAGCCAACCAAUGGCAUCUUCAUGAGUGCAUUUCUCAUCGUUUUACCUCUGGAGUCCAUGGCUCAUGGGCUUUUCCAUGAGCUGGGGAACUGCUUGGGAGGAACAUGUGUUGGGUAUGCUGUUGUGAUUCCCACCAACUUUUGCAGUCCUGAUGGCCAACCAACUCUUCUUCCACCUGAGCAUGUACAAGAGUUAAAUCUGAGGUCUACUGGCAUGCUUAAUGCCAUCCAAAGAUUUUUUGCGUAUCACAUGAUUGAGACAUAUGGUUGCGACUACUCCACAAGCGGACUGACCUUUGAUACCCUGCACUCCAAGAUCAAGUCAUUUCUUGAACUUCGGACAGCAGAUGGACCCAGACAUGAUACCUACAUUUUAUAUUACAGUGGUCACUCGCAUGGCACUGGCGAAUGGGCGCUGGCAGGAGGUGAUGCUUUACGACUUGACACACUUCUGGAGUGGUGGAGAGAAAAGAAUGGCACUUUUUGUUCUCGGCUCAUCAUCGUUUUGGACUGCGAGAACUCUCAGCCUUGGGUUAAAGAAGUAAGAAAAGUAAAUGACCAGUAUAUUGCAGUGCAAGGAGCAGAAAUGGCCAGAGUUGUAGACAUCGAGGAAGCCGACCCUCCACAGCUUGGUGACUUCACCAGGCAAUGGGUUGAGUACAACUGUAACCCUGACAACAACAUCAGCUGGUCUGAAAAGGGGCGUACAGUGAAAGCAGUGUAUGGUGUGUCAAAACACUGGAGCGACUACACUUUGCAUUUGCCAACGGGAAGCGAUGUUGCGAAGCACUGGAUGAUAUACUUCCCGCGUAUCACCUAUCCCUUAGUACAUUUGGCAAACUGGUUUUGUGGUCUCAAUCUGUUCUGGGUCUGUAAAGCGUGCUUUAGGUGCUUGAAAAGAUUGAAAAUGAGUUGGUUUCUUCCCACAGUGCUGGACACAGGACAGGGUUUCAAACUCGUCAAAUCCUAGUUAGGAACCAAAGAGGAUGUGAAGUGAGAGCUCUGGGAACUUUCUCACUUUACUGUACUUACAGCUUUUUAUAUGACUAUUUUUCUCUGCAAAAAUCUGCUACACUCACUUUAUUCAGCUCUUUGAGCAGAUACAGUAUAUGCAACAGUUAGAAACUGCAAUCUUAAACAGAAGAGGGUAAGACUAUGAUAUUUGAGUUUUGUAACUGGUCUUUAUGUACAUAUGUAAGAGACUUAUUUAAUAUGACCGUGCAUUUUGGAUACAGUUUGCAUGUUCAUAUGCGUUAGUUAAAGCAGCCUU